GGUAAUAACUCUUGUUAUCUAUGCGGCUUUGGAAUUUAUUGAUUGUUUGGGGAACGUAUUUAUCCUAAACAGUUUUUCUCAUACUAGAAACUCUUUAUCGCUUUUGAGGUCCGUUUCGUAAAACUAAGAAAGUGAUCCCCGAUUACAAUUUGCGAGUUUAACAAACCCGCGUACGCCUCGAUAUCCGUCCGGCAAUGAGUACGAGCAAAAGAAACAGUCCGGUUCCACCUGCGGAACCGGUGGCCCCCGAGGAAUACGUCGUUGAAAAAAUCAUUGACAGUAGGAUAAAGGAAAAUGGUGUGAAGGAGUACUUUUUAAAGUGGAUUGGUUACGACGAUAAAGACAAUACGUGGGAGCCGGAAGAAAAUUUGGACUGUCCUGGAUUGAUCGCUGCGUACGAAGCGGAAAAGGCAAAAAAGAAAGAAGCAGACACUAGGAAGCGGCGGAUAAGCGGUCAGGAGAAGGAGAACAAAAAUACAAAAGCGAGAAAGGUUGAGGAGAAAAAGUCGCUCGGUUUCGACAGGGGUCUCGAGCCCGAGAAAAUAAUCGGCGCAACCGAUAGUCCUGGUCAACUGAUGUUUCUGAUAAAAUGGGCGGGGACGGACGAGGCGGAUCUCGUGCCCGCGAAACAGGCCAACGUCAAGUGUCCCCAGAUAGUGAUCAAAUUUUAUGAGGAGCGUUUGAAAUGGCAUCCGUCUUCGCAAACUUUAACAGAGUCGCGUCCCGCAGAAAAAAUUGGAUAUUGUUGCCGAUUGGUAAUCGACGAAUCCCUUUUAUUUAAUGCGAAAACGCCUGCUACAUUUACUGGGUGUUCGAAAAUGAGUGCCAGCAAACGAAACGGUUCAAUUUCGGCGGCGGCGUCGAUCGCAGCCCCCGACGAAUCCAGUGUCGAAAAAAUCGUUGACAGUAGGAUAAAGGAAAACGGGGUGAAAGAAUAUUUUCUCAAAUGGUGCGGUUACGGCGAGAAGGAUAAUACUUGGGAACCGGAAGAAAACCUGGACUGUCCAGGGCUAAUUGCCGCGUACGAGGCGGAAAAGGCGAAAAAUACGAGGAAACGGCGAACCGUCGACCAGGUAGGAUUCGAUAGGGGUCUUGAGCCUGAAAAAAUUGUUGGCGUUACUGAUAGUCCAGGCACGCUUAUGUUCCUGGUAAAAUGGGUGGGGACGGAUGAGGCUGAUCUCGUACCGGCGAAAGACGCCAACGUCAGGUGUCCUCAGGUUGUGAUAAGGUUUUAUGAAGAACGGUCAAAAUGGUACCUGCCUUCAGAGACUUCAACUUCAUUUGAGGAGGUUGGAUUUGAUGAUGGUCUUGAGCCUGAAAAAAUUGUCGGGGUUACAAACAGUAAAGACGGCCUGUUGUUUCUGAUAAAAUGGGCGGGGACAGACGAGGCAGACCUUGUGAGGGCUCAAGAAGCGAAUGUCAAAUGGCCGCAGAUAGUCAUAAAGUAUUAUGAACAGCGCUUGCACUGGCUUCCUCCUUCGAAUAACAACAAAUAAGUAUCCUAAUAUUGGCUAUGUUCAGGUUGGAGAUGGCGUUUUUGCAAUAUACCUACAUUUUAAUAUUUUUAUGUAA